AUGGGGCCAGAUGUGCCCCUUCUUAAUGAGUACAAGCAAGAGUUCUUCUGGAAACGCUUCCCCCAGACGGUGUUGGGUGGUCCACGAUUCAAGUUGGGCUACUGUGCUCCACCUUACGUGUAUGUCAACCAGGUUGUUCUGUUCCUAGCACCAUGGCUGUUUGGAGGGAUCAGCACUCUGCUUUGCCAGCUGCAGCUGCUUCAAGAGCUUCAUGCUGCAGUUUUGUCUGGACUGCUCAUGUUUGGUGUGGCAGUGGGUGUCCAGGCCCUGGCAUUGUAUGCAGUUAAUAAGAAUGCCACAGUCGAGAGGCUGGGAGUUAACAACAUUUUGGUUGAUGAAGAGGAGGUGGAGUUCACCCACUGUAUCAGCCUUGAGACUGUGCAUUUCAUAGCACCUGGAAAGAGAUUUGGUCUGAAUAUUGUGCUGCAUACUGUUCUUGCUGGGAUGCUGUGUGGAUUUGGCACAUGCUGGGUGACACUGUGUAUUGCUGAGUAUUCCCUCAUUGUUAACACCGCUACAGAGACUGCUACCUUCCAAACACAGGACACCUUUGAAAUCACCCCACUCACCCGGCCUUUUUUCAUAUUCAUCUUUAUCUCUGUAGAUUUGGCAGAAAGGUUUUCUGAAGCUGUUCCAGAGCUUCACCUGGUCAGCCAGAUUCUGCAUGUGGUGUUCAUCUUUCUACCUCUUAUGUGGGCCCUGGGAAUGCUGCCGCCCCUGGAUGCUCUCCUUCUUUGGGCCAUGGAGCAGAUUCUUGUGUUUGGUUUAGGUGGCUCCCCCAUGUCCAGCAACCUCAGGUUGCUGCUGAUGUUUGGUGUGUCCUCUGGAGUGGCUGUAUGUCGUGGGGGGUCCCCAGCACCGCCACCCCCUCAGAGUUCAUUUGGCUGGACUCUUGGCUGCAGAGAGAUCCUGUUGUACCUGGCCCUGUUACUGGGGGCAGGUGUUGAGGCUGGCCUGCUUCAUUACUUUAUGGGAAAAGUACAGUUCUUGGGUUUUGUUAAUGGACCACAGGGCAUGGUUGGAUAUCUCCUCCUUGUUGUCUUCGGCCUCAGCUGGGUGCUACGAGAGGUGCAGGGGGCAUAUGUGUUUGGAGGAUUGUUCCUCAACCCUUUUUACCCUAAAGGGAUGUCCAAUAUUCAGACUUUUAAGCUGCGCAUCAAGGGACUCCACAUAGCUGCAGCACUCAGGAGAUUUCUUAUCUAUCUCGUGUCUCCUUUGGCAAUGAUCGCGUUUCUAGCCAUGGAUGAAUCUUUGAUAAAGCUACACACGGCUUCACAUUCCAUUGGGUUAACAAGAGCUUUUAGAGCGGUGUGGCAAAGCACAGAGGAGGCUAUCUUUCACAUUGUUGUGGUCAUUUUGCUGCGGCUUGUAGCUGGAAACAAAAUCCUGCAAGGAUGGGACAACUUUGGGAUAGGCAUCCAGCUCCUGCUGGUUGGUCUUCUGGUAGACAGACUGAGUCAGUUCAUCUACAAACUCAAGUUUAGUCUGACUGUUCUCAUCACCUCAUGGACAGAGAAAAAGCAGCGGCGGCAGUCUGCUGGGACACUAUUGGCUCUGAAUGCCACACUGUGGCCUCUGCUGUUGGGAGUAAUGACCCUCUCAGCCCUCCUGUCAGCUCCCUUGCUGCCUCUCUUCACUCUCCCCAUCUUCCUUGUGGGAUUUCCUCGGCCACAGCGCAUUUGGCCUGGGCCUGUGGGCACGGCCUGCCCCUGUCCUGACUCUGUGUUUUACCAACAGAUGAUUUCAAGUUUAGCUUCUGCUCUGAGAAAGGCCUUUGCAAGAGGAUCACUAGGUUCCUUGGCUCCAGGCUCUCAUUUCCUUGGUCGCUUUCAGGAUCGCAUGGUUUGGAUUAUGAUCCUGGAACGUGGCUAUGGCUACUGUACAGUGAAUAUAAAGGGUCUGGAGCUGCAGGAGACUUCCUGUCACACCGUGGAGGCUCGCAGAGUCGAUGAGGUGUUUGAAAAUGCAUUUGAGCGUCCAGAGAAUCUGGGAUUGACCCGAGGCUUCAACCUGCACUGGGGGAAUGCUCUUACUCCAUGUACUGCUUUGUCCCUCCGGGUUUAUUCUGAUGCCAGGAAUGUUCUCUCUGGCAUCAUUGAUUCUCAUGACAAUCUGAAGAAACUUCAGAAUGAUUUUCUCAAAGCUCUGGUGUGGCUGCUACUCCGUUACUGCAUCCAAAAACACAAGGGCUUCUUCUGGAGUUUUGAUAACGGAUCAGGGAUGGGAGGUAGAAGGUCCCAGUCCUCUCAGCUCCCUCACACCACCUGUGUCCAGCCUGUAACUGAGCCUGCCCUUCAGUCCAACAUGUCUUCGUUGAAGUUCAGGCAGGAUAGCUCCAGCAUGACAUCGUUUGGGGAAUGGUCUGAUGAGGAGGAUUUGUUUGGCCCUCACACAGUCAAGAGAACUGUAGCUUUAGUGAGCGCAGAGGCCCACUGUGGGUCAGCAGCGCUGCAGCAGGGAGCCUCUCUACCCGGUUCUGUUGAAAUGGACAGUUUGUUUGAGAACAUGGCUAUGUCUGCAUUGCAGCCACUGCAGCCUCUGGGGCUGGGCAUCGGGCUGCCUGCUGCAGAUAAAGGGCCACAGAGAGAGAGGGUGAGCACUCUGCCUCCCCUGAACUUCAGCUGCCCUCAGUCUGAGGUCUUUAACCUGCCUAGUGGCUGGAGGACGGCUCCUUUACUACCCUCUCGUUUGUUGCAGCUGAAGCCUCUCUUUCCAGAGGACUGGUUCAGGUUUGCACUCGGCCGCUUUGGGCCUACAGUCCAAAGUGACAACACAGAGGACAUGACGAAAGCUCUGAAAGAGGACGAGGCAUUGAAAGAGCUACAUUGUCGUGUGACUAUGUCCUGUCUGGUUUCUAUGGGAGCUGAAUCCCCCUUCACCAGCCCCAGUUAUGUCUAUAGGUUAUUCUGCGGAGAUAUACCCUGGUCAGACACUUUGGACUGGCUUUCUUGCUGUAAAGAGCUGUAUCAGAUCGCACAACAAGCUUUCAGGUUCAGUUUUAAACUGCUGUUUGACCAAGCCAGCUUUGGGCCUAUGGAGUCUCCAGAAGAACUGUUCAGCGCAUUGGAGGAAUACGAGCGGGACUGGUACAUCGGAUUGGUGACCGAAAAAGGCUGGCAUGACAGCAUCCUGAGGGAGAAGCCUUUCCUUUUCUCACUGGGACAUGAUCUUUCAAUGGGCACGUACACAGGACGGGUCUUAUCCCUGCAGGAGCAACUGAUGCAGGUGGGCCGUCUAAAUGGGGAAGGGGUCCGGGGACAGUGGGCCAACCUGUCCUGGGAGCUUCUCUAUGCCACAAAUGACGACGAGGAGCGCUACAGCAUCCAGGCGCAUCCUUACCUCCUCAGGAACCUGACCGUGCAGGCUGCAGACCCUCCUCUAGGAUACCCCAUCUAUUCCUCUGUCCCACUACAUUUCCCCAGCCUCUGA